CGGUUGCGCGGCCGAGUGACGCCACUCUCCGGCGCCGCGUGGUGUCCGGGGGUGACGGCGGAGAGCGUUAUGGGGCCGCUGGUGGUGCCGGCGCUGGGGCAGCGGAUGCCCAGGCUGAAAGCAUUCAACAGAUUACAGGUCAUACUGCAACACUUGAAUAUGUCCAAGUCUGCUGAUUCUUCGGCCGAGGUCCUGCUGGAAAAAAAAGGCUGUGCCGGAGUUAUCACCUUGAACAGGCCGAAGGUUCUGAACGCGUUUAACAUUUCCAUGAUUCGACAGAUCUAUCCCCAGAUAAAGAGAUGGGAGGAGGAUCCCGAAACCUUUCUGAUCAUAAUAAAGGGGACCGGAGGCAAGGCGUUCUGUGCUGGGGGUGAUAUCAGAGCUAUCACAGAAGCCGGAAGAGUGGGAGGCAGGCUGGCCCAAGAUUUCUUCCGAGAAGAAUACACCUUGAACAAUGCCAUCGGUACCUGCCGGAAGCCUUAUGUGGCCCUGAUUGAUGGAAUUACGAUGGGGGGCGGUGUCGGUUUGUCCGUCCAUGGGCAUUUCCGAGUUGCCACGGAGAAGACCCUUUUUGCGAUGCCCGAAACAGCAAUAGGCCUUUUCCCGGACGUAGGAGGAGGCUAUUUCUUGCCCAGGCUGUCGGGGAAGAUUGGAUAUUUUCUCGCCCUGACAGGAUUCAGGUUGAGAGGAAGAGACGUUCACCGCGCAGGAAUUGCCACUCAUUUUAUAGAAGCGGAGAAGGUGGUGGCCCUAGAGAAAGACUUAACAGAGCUGAAAUCACCCUCUAAGGAAAACAUUGCCGAUCUCCUGGAUUCCUAUCAUACAAAGUGCAAACUUGAUCAAGAAAAAGAGUUCAUACUAAAUGAACAUUUGGACAAGAUUAACAGCCUGUUUUCAGCCAGCAGCAUGGAAGGAAUUGUCCAAAACUUAAAGCGAGAUGGUUCUCCUUUUGCACUCAAGCAGCUUGAGACCCUUGCUAAAAUGUCGCCAGCCUCUCUGAAGAUGACCCUCCGGCAACUCAGAGAAGGAGCAUCCUUGUCCCUGCAGGAGGUUCUCUCCAUGGAGUACAGGCUGACCCAAGCGUGCAUGAGAGGCCACGACUUCUAUGAAGGGGUGCGAGCAGUGAUCGUUGACAAAGACCAAUCCCCUAAGUGGAAGCCGGCUACCUUAGAGGAAGUCACCGACGAAUUUUUGGACUCGUGUUUCAAGUCUCUUGGAAGCAGCGACCUCAAGCUACAAUAGAUUUGGAGUAAGGCCAGGCUAAGUCUGUGUUAAUUCCCAUUCCCUUCAACGCAGCGAAGGGAGGUUCGCAAAUUCUGCCUUGAAAGGAAUAACCCGCCGUGAGCAAACGCUUAUUGCUGUUACGUAAGGAAGAGGAUUUGACGUUUUUGGAAACAAAGCUCGGACUACCAGAGAACUGGCACAGGGCUCUCAUCGGCUGAGUUUACGCUCGAGUGCUUUCCAGAGAAAAUUAAGAUUGCCUAUAUAAAGAUCCAGAUAUUCUUUCGCAGAUCAAAUUAAAUGCUGUCGGCAGGGGAGGUCAACCACGGCACAGAGGAGAGCCAGAAGGCAGCCUUGGGGGUUAAUAAGAUAUCUCGGUCACCCCUGACUUCUUUCUCUCCGAAUCAGGAUAGAGGUAGAAAUGAGACCCAUAAAAAUAUGGUUGCGGGGUUUUUUUCCCAUAGGGGUGUCAUUAACUUAAAGCAGAACUGAUCGAUUGUAUGAAUUACCUGAUCCAACCUGCAUAUAUCUACAAAUUAAUAAAAGCUAAUCAAAGAAAAAA